CGAGGCGAAAAAUCAUUUCAGUUUCAUUUAAGUCGUCCAACUGUGCAGUCUUCAAUGGAAUUUAAUUAAAAAGUGAACAAGAAUUGAGUUUUAUUCUGAACUUUCUGGUGGUUUUACUUAAAAUAAAUUAGUCAAAUAUUUAUCUACGACGUUGAAGUGCAAAUAAAGUGAAAGAAGUGCACAGCUUAAUUAUUGCAAAUAAAAGGUAAUAACUACUGGAACCGUUAAAACUAUUAAAUUAGUCAGUAGUCUUGGUUUAAUGACUGACUAACAAAGUAGAGCGCUCAUUAAAAAAAUCUAAUUGAUAAGAAAGUCCAUAAGGGAAAGAAUUAUCAAAGUUAAUCUCUAAGAAAAAAUCAACAGAUAUCACUAAAAAAGGUUGCCAAGUGCUAAGGACUCGUCGAGGGAGCAUAUAGUGAUAACAUGAGUAGCACGAGUGGGGUGUUGAUAAGCCGUGAGCUUCCAGACAUUGAGAAUCUCUUGGCGCUGAAUCCACGUGUACAGACCAAGUGCUCAGUUGUCCCAUCCAGUGUCACGAAAGUCAAUAAGAAGCAUUGGAAGAGGAAUACGGAUAAAUCCUGCCAGGCAUGUCCGACACUCGAGAGUGAUUUCUCCGACAUUAAGCAUACAACGCUGUCGGAACGUGGAGCUCUGAGGGAGGCAGCGAGAUGCCUCAAGUGUGCCGAUGCUCCGUGCCAGAAGUCCUGUCCAACGCAACUGGACAUCAAGAGCUUCAUCACGAGUAUUGCCAAUAAGAACUACUACGGGGCAGCUAAGGCUAUCUUCUCGGAUAAUCCUCUGGGACUCACUUGUGGGAUGGUUUGCCCAACAAGUGAUCUCUGUGUAGGAGGAUGCAAUUUGCAAGCUUCGGAGGAAGGUCCAAUUAAUAUUGGAGGACUCCAGCAAUUUGCCACGGAAGUGUUUAAGCAAAUGGGCAUCCAUCAGAUUGUCCCACCGAAUGUGGUAACUCCCAAGAAGGCUAAUUCCAAAAUAGCCCUGAUAGGUGGAGGACCAGCUUCCCUGUCGUGCGCUACAUUCCUCGGACGCCUUGGCUACAAGGACAUCACGGUAUAUGAGAAACGCGACUAUCUGGGUGGUUUGAGCUCUUCUGAAAUUCCUCAGUAUCGUCUCCCCAUUGAUGUGGUGAACUUUGAGAUAAAUCUCAUACGAGAUUUGGGCGUUAAAUUCGAAACAGGACGAAGUCUCUCAGUUCAGGACAUCACAGUGGAGAAAUUACUUAGUUCCGGAACUGAGGCCAUCUUCUUGGGCAUUGGUCUACCACAGCCAACACUCAAUCCCAUCUUUAAGGACCUAACCCCUGAGCAUGGCUUCUACACAUCAAAGGACUUCCUACCACUAGUUGCUGCUGGUAGCAAACGUGGCCUGUGUGCGUGCAAAACUCUUCCUAAGCUCGUGGGAAAUGUUAUUGUUCUCGGAGCAGGAGAUACAGCAUUUGAUUGUGCUACAUCAGCCCUUAGAUGUGGAGCUUCAAAGGUUUUUGUUGUCUUCCGACGUGGUAGCUCAAACAUAAGAGCCGUGCCUGAGGAAGUAGAACUAGCGCGAGAGGAGAAAUGCGAAUUUAUUCCCUUCAUGUCACCAAUGAGGGUGAUUGUGAAGAAUGGAAAGAUUACAGGAAUGGAAUUUUGUCGCAAUGAACAGGAUUCGAAUGGAAAAUGGUUUGAAGAUCGUGAUCAGUUAAAUGUUAUUAAGGCCAAUUAUGUGAUUUCUGCCUUCGGAUCGGGGCUUCAUGAUACAGAUGUGAUCAAGGCAAUAUCUCCUGUUCCACUAAAUUCCUAUGGCUUGCCAAUUGUGGAUGCCAAAACGCAACAGACGAAGAUCCCGAAUAUUUUCUGCGGAGGAGACCUCGCAGGGCAGGCAGAGACAACAGUUGAGAGUGUGAAUGACGGGAAGACAGCUGCAUGGUACAUGCACUGCUUCCUGGAAGGACUUCCCAGUGAUUCACCACCACAGCUGCCACUCUUCUACAGCGGAAUUGAUCUUGUGGACAUUUCCGUUGAGAUGUGUGGGCUUAAAUUUGAAAAUCCCUUCGGUUUAGCCUCGGCUCCACCUACAACAAGCUCCGCUAUGAUCAGGAGAGCUUUCGAACAAGGAUGGAGCUUUGUUGUAACGAAAACUUUCUCCCUUAAUAAGGACCUUGUAACGAACGUUUCCCCGAGAAUUGUGAAAGGAGUAACAUCUGGGCACCACUAUGGCCCAGGUCAGGGUGCCUUCCUCAACAUUGAACUCAUCUCUGAGAAAUAUUGCGAAUACUGGUUGAGAAGUAUUGAGGAAUUGAGACGAGAUUUCCCCACAAAGGUCAUCAUUGCCAGCAUAAUGUGCUCAUACAAUGAGGAAGAUUGGACAGAGCUGGCUAAGAAAGCUGAAAAGGCCGGAGCUCAUGCUCUCGAACUCAAUCUCAGCUGUCCCCAUGGGAUGGGUGAAUCAGGAAUGGGACUGGCGUGUGGUCAGAAACCUGAGCUUGUCUACAACAUCUCUCUUUGGGUACGAGCUGCUGUGAAAAUCCCCUUCUUUGUCAAAUUAACACCCAACAUCACGGACAUCGUGUCCAUUGCCAAAGCUGCUUACGAAGGCAAAGCUGAUGGAGUGUCAGCAAUCAACACAGUUUCUGGGUUAAUGUCCCUAAAAUCCGACUCAAGUCCCUGGCCAGGAGUGGGAUUGGAAAAGAGAACAACUUAUGGUGGAGUGUCUGGCAAUGCAACACGUCCAAUGGCCCUAAGAGCUGUGUCUGCCAUUGCAAAUGCCCUUCCAGGAUUCCCAAUUCUUGGAAUUGGUGGCAUUGAUUCAUCUGACGUUGCCCUACAAUUCCUCCAAUGUGGAGCUUCUAUCCUACAGGUCUGUUCUGCCGUGCAAAAUCAGGACUUUACCCUUGUCAAUGAUUACUGUGUCGGCCUACAAACUCUCCUGUACCUUCGUGCUCAUCCACCACCAACUUCUGCAUCAGCACCGUGGGAUGGUCAAUCCCCACCAACGACAAAGCAUCAAAAAGGAAAGCUCACGUGGGCACUGAAGGAUGAAGAAGGUAACUCCUUGCCCCACUUUGGCCCCUAUGCGAACAAACGUGAGAAAAUUCUUCAUGAGAUGCGUCUCAAGAAUGGCCCAAUGUGGGGAACAACCGAAGGCGACGACAAUGCUACCAAAUCUUCAAAUGAAAAUGGAACGAAUGGCGCGAAUGUUCCAACUGUGAAGAGUAUCAUUGGAGAAGCUCUCGAUAAAAUUGGCCCCUACAAGAAGUUGGACAAUACAAAGCAAGUUGUUGCCCUCAUUGAUGAUGAUUUGUGCAUCAACUGCGGAAAAUGCUACAUGGCAUGUGCUGAUAGUGGCUAUCAAGCAAUCUCUUUUGAUGCGGAAACUCACUUGCCUCAUGUCACAGAUGAUUGCACCGGAUGCACGCUCUGCCUCUCCGUUUGCCCAGUUAUUGAUUGCAUCAGUAUGGUGCCAAAGACGAUUCCGCAUGUAAUUAAACGUGGUAACAUCGUUGAUGCUGUUGCAGCUCAUGCCCUACUUCCCUCACAAUAGGGUUUAUCCUUCAAAUUUAUUUGUGUUCGUGGAUGCGUUAUUUUUCCACGAGGUUUAGGAAGGUUAAGAAAAAGGAAAAUUUAUAUUCAUCUUUUGUAAAUUGAUUUUACGAAUAAAAAAAGUUUCAGAAAUUAA